CCGCGAUAAGACGAAACGCCGGAGACCGAUAAUGUAGCCGUUGACUAACCCAUCAAGUCACUCAAUUCACUGUCAGUGAUACAACUUAUUCAGUUUGUAUUUAAUUCAGUGAGCGUGUAGACGUCUAUGGAUAAACGUCAAGUAUAUUAAAUGUAUACAAUAAAAUAUUGAAAUAUCAAUAUGCGUUCGAUAAUAUUUGAAAUAUUGCAGUUUCAUUUUAUAUUUGGUGUUGUUUUAACAUUCGCUCUACCUUUCGAAGGAUUGUAUGAACUUGACAUUAUUCAUUACAACGAUUUUCAUGCAAGAUUUGAGGAAACAUCAGUGGAAACUCCAACAUGUCGGUACAACAAUUACUCCUGCCUCGGUGGAUUUCCUCGUCUGUUUAAAAAGAUUGAAUCGUUGAAGAAGGAGAAACCAGAUUCCAUACUGCUAAACGCUGGUGAUAGUUUCCAAGGAACUUAUUGGUAUACACUUCUGAAGUGGAAUGUCACUCAGGAAUUUAUGAAUUUGCUGCCACACGAUGCCCAUGCAAUUGGUAACCAUGAGUUUGAUGAUGGACCACAAGGCCUGGCUCCGUAUCUCAAAGCCUUAAAAGCACCCGUUAUAGCUGCUAACAUGGAUACUAGCAAGGAACCAGCUUUACAAGGACUGUACAAACCAAGCAUAAUCAUUGAACGUAAGAAAAGAAAAAUCGGCAUCAUAGGUCUUAUAACAACAGACACUAAGAUCUUAUCUUCAGCGGGUAACGUGGAAUUCACUGAUCCACGUGAAGCUGUGAGACGGGAAGCUGAAGCGCUGAACGAUAAGGGAAUUGAUAUCAUAAUUGUACUCUCGCACUGCGGCCUUGACGUGGACAAAGAACUUGCCCGUGAUUAUGGCGAACAUAUAGAUAUAAUAGUAGGCGGUCAUACCCACUCAUUGUUAUGGAACGGUCCAGCGCCGAGCGGAGAGGAAGUAGCCGGACCAUACCCUGUGUUCGUUGAAACGAACACCAACAAAAAACAUAAGGUUUUGAUAGUUCAAGCUUCAGCUUUUACUAAGUAUAUGGGAAGUCUGACUGUUUCCUUCGAUUUUCGCGGUGACUACGUGAAAUGGGUCGGAGGUCCCAUAUUCUUGGAUCGAUCUCUACCUGAGGACGAUGACAUCAAAACUCGCCUAGCACCGUACGCGGAGAUGGUCCACAAAGCGGAGCAAGAAGUGAUCGGGGAGAGUAAAACUACAUUAUAUUUCGAGAAGUGUGUCUUCGGGGAGUGCGCGCUUGGCGAUCUUUUGGUUGACUCGUUAACUGAAUUUGGAAAGACGCUGCGAUCUAAUAUCAAUUAUAUAUCGUUUAUUCAACGCGGUAACAUCAAGUCUACCAUACCGAGUGGAAAAAUAACCAAAGGAGUAAUAUUCGAACUAUUACCGUUCAACGAUCGCAUACAAUCAUUCGAACUGCAAGGCAAGGACGUGAAGCUAGCCCUCGAACGAAGUGUUUCCGACGCGUGGGAUAUGACACCAUUCAAGGGACCUUAUGUCUUGCAACUGUCAGGUUUGCAAGUUACAUAUAAUGUGUCUAAACCGCAAGGACAAAGAGUGACGUCAGUGUCCGUUGGUUACGAAAAGUCAGAUGUGCCGCUAGACCCUGAAGCUUUCUAUCACUUGAUCGUACCAGCUUAUUUGGCUGAUGGAGGGGAUGGAUUUACAAUGUUUAAAAAUGGAAAGAGGAAUGUUGAAGUAAUCGGUCGUGAUCAGAAAAUUAUAGAAAAUUAUAUCAAGAAACAUACACCGAUAAAUGUCAUAAAAGAUGAUAGAAUCGUAAUUAAUAAUUAAAUUGAAGCCAU